AUGUACGCGGCGGCGGGCGGCGCCUCGCUCGCGGGCCGUAAGGCGCGCCAGCACGGCCGCCAGCCCGCGCCGCCGAGCCCGCGGCCGCACAGCCCGCUCCACCCCGCGCCCACCGGCGUACGCGCCUACUCCUGCCAGCACUGGGAGUCCCGCCUCGCCGCGCCCCCCUCGCGCGUCUCCGCGCCUAUCUCCGACCCGCCCUCGCCAUGCGAACUCAUCGAGAGGCCCUUUGUGCCUCGCAUCUAUGCUCUAGAGGUAAGCAGUAGUAGCUGCGCUGACGUGAGUGAAGCAAAGUGCGUAGUGGACAGCCCGCGAGCUGUCCAGGGCCCUUGGCUGAGACUUGUGGCAGCGCGUACUAACGGCCACAAACCUGGCAAGUAUGCAGGCAGCUCUUAUGCUAAGAAGCAAAUCGCGGGAGAGAAGAAAACAGCGUUUAAAGAGAGGCAUCAAGCACGACCUGCCGAGCAACAUAGCGACCAAACUGAUCGCGCCCUUCCCGAGAUACCCUCCGGCGUCAUGGAUUGGAGACUGCGUCUAGGCAUGUACAGUGUGGCGCGCCCUCUAAUUAGGUGGUCUGUCGAGAUCUGUGAGCGGGCUGGCCAGUAUGAGAAGAUCUGA